ACCUUGAGGGGGUUCAGAGUUGGUAUUUAGCGGGUAAGAGUUAAGACUAGGCCAGCGGUCGGCAUAGUACUGGGCGGAAGGAAACAGCGAUGUCCACACGAGAGCUCACCCUCACCGAUAAUGACAGUAGUAAUAAAGGGACCUCGACUGUACUGAAGCUUACUGAAGCAUCUCUCGACAUAACUGCGGGCACCAGCAAUACCUCGACCAGGCGGCAGUCGUCCGGCUCUCGCCUUCCCUUCCUAGGGUCCAAGGCAAGCACCACGGUGACCCAAGUCCCUCUGAGGAACGUGGUCGCGGCCACCACCUCCUCGGAUGUUAUAGAGGUAUCGUAUCUGGCUCGAAAGUCACCCAGACAUGGUCUCUCUUUGAUUCGCGUCAAAGGCAGUCUUGGUGACAAGGAUAGCCGGCUCGCCAAGCAAUGGUGUGAGGCUGCCAUGACUGCUGCUUACGGUGGUAGAAGUCCAUCCAAGAAAUUGAAAGUUCUCAUCAAUCCGCGUGGUGGCCGGGGACAAGCAUGCUCGAUAUUCACAGACAAAGUGGAGCCGAUACUGAGCGCGGCAGGUUGUAUUCUCGAUGUGACUUAUACCACACACCCAAACCAUGCCAUGGAGAUUGCUCAGGAUUUGAGUCUAGACACCGACACGGUGGUCGUCGUUUCGGGCGACGGGCUGAUACACGAAGUCUUGAAUGGAUUAUCUAAACAUGGUCAACCAGACAAGGCUUUCUGUGUCCCAAUAGCACCCAUUCCUGCUGGGUCUGGGAAUGGACUGUCAUUGAACCUCCUCGGUCUCCAGGAUGGAUUGGAUCCGCGUGCGGCUGCCCUCAACGUCCUGAAAGGUCAUCCUUUGAAAGUCGAUCUGUUUGCAUUUACCCAAGGAAAUCAGAAACGUCUGUCAUUCAUGUCACAAACAGUUGGCCUCAUGGCCGAUAUCGAUAUCGAAACCGAGCAUCUGCGAUGGAUGGGGGAUCUCCGGUUCGUCCUCGGAUUCCUCCGCAGUGUCGUCACGUUGCCCACUUGCAAAAUGGAGCUCUCUAUCAAACUGGCGGAACAGGAUAAGAUGAAAAUGGCUAAUGCCGUUCGUGCACGGCGUGCCGGUUUAUCUUCUGACAUACCCGUUGUGCCCUUGUCACCGCCGUUGGACGAUACCCAUGACCCUGGAUCGCCUGGAGAUACCUGGAUCAAGUACGAUAAACCUUGUCUGUGGGUAUAUGCCGGCAAGGGACCAUACGUCAGUCGUUCUCUUAUGCAGUUCCCGGUAUCACAACCAGAUGAUGGAGUGAUCGACAUAGCUAUACAAGAAAUUAUAUCCCGGAAAGAUUUACUCGCCUCUAUGGACGGAGCUGACAAGGGACGCUGCUAUUGGUAUAACACAAACCGCUACUUCAAAGCUUCGGCCUACUCUGUAAAACCGCACGCCCAAUCGCGCGGGGUGUUGGUGGUCGACGGCGAACUAUUCCCGAUGCAGGAAUUCCAUGUGGAGGUCUUACCUUGCCUCGGCACGCUGCUGAGCCCAUUCCCAUACUAUGCGCCAGAGUUCACUUUUGAUGAAGAGAGCGGGACCAAGUUGAAACAGGAGUCGUAAUUCGUGCUACGAACAUUAAUCUACAGUAGUAUACCGAUUCAUAUGCCCUGCUCUUGCUUGCUAUGUACUAGACAGUGAAGGUUGCUGACGUGAUCAUG